AUGGCUUCCAGCGACUCAAAGGCUCCAGUACGAAAUGUCAAACGAGUACAAUUUGGUAUAUUGUCCGCAGACGAAUGUGUUAGUUAUGAUUACCUAUUUAUUUACAUUUAUGUGGUUGAAAUCUAACCCUUUAAGUUUAGCUCUUGGGAAUUUCCAUUUUCCAAUUUCCCGUAUAAAUGUACGUGAUUUUAACACUAUUCUUUAGGUACCAAUCCAAAAGGCAAUGUUGUUAAAAAGGGUUUAAAAAUUGAAAAAUUGAAAUUUUGACUAUUGUUUUAUUUGGUCACUAUAUUCUCAAUAACAUUUGACAUUAUUUUUAAAUUUGGUUUUGAUUGCGUCUGAAUAAUACAAUUUUUCUAAGGCUGCAAACGCGCACUUCUAAACUGAUCAUUUAGGAAAAUGGAAAAUUCAAUUAGUUGUCCACCAAUUAGUGUGAUGGGGCGUACGAAAAAUUUAGAAUGUAUUUAGCGUUUUCUGAUAUUUUGAAAUCAUUUUUUACCCCAAGAGCCAAACUUUAACCAUUUAAACUUGGCAAAUACCUAAUAAUAUAUUAUAUGUUCAAAGUUAUUUCCGAUAAUUUUUAAUAUGUUAAGUAUUAUGAUCUCAAUUAUAGCGGCGUAUGUCGGUCACAGAAGGGGGCAUUCGUUUUUCAGAGACAAUGGAAGGUGGACGUCCCAAGCUUGGAGGACUUAUGGACCCCCGACAAGGUGUUAUCGAUCGGUUUUCUAGAUGUCAAACAUGCGCUGGUUAGUAAUAUUAAAAUAUUUUUUUGCAUUUAUUAUAUACCUAUCUAUUAAAUAUUAAUUAUUUUUUAUAUAUUCUCAGGCAACAUGACAGAAUGUUGUGGUCAUUUCGGCCAUAUCGAACUAGCCAAACCCGUAUUUCAUAUAGGAUUUAUAACAAAAGUCAUUAAAAUUCUACGUUGUGUUUGUUUCUACUGUUCAAAAUUAUUAGUUACCCCCGUAAGCACAGACUAAUUAAAAUGAACUAAAUAAUCUUUUUUAAUUAAUGAAUUAGCUUUUAUAAUAAUAUGUAUUUUUAGUAUUAAUUUUGACGUGCAAUACUAUAUUUUUUCUGUUGCUAAUAUAGACUCAUCCCAAAGUGAAAGAAAUUGUAAUGAAAUCAAAAGGACAGCAAAGAAAACGUUUAGCAUUUAUAUAUGAUUUAUGUAAAGGAAAAAAUAUUUGUGAUGGUGGUGAUGAAUUAGAUAUUAUUAAAGAAAACACCAACGAUCCCAAUGUGCCUGUAAGUAAAAUAUUAUUUAUUUGGAACAGAGAAAAACAGGUAUGCGAAGUGAUUUAUUUAGAUUAGGUUAUUAAUAUCGGAAAGUAUUUACUUUUUCAAUUAUUUUUUUUUAAAUUUAGUAAACAAACUGCUUUAAAAUUUAACAUUUUUAUUAUUAUUUUUUUUUUUUUUUGGGCUGAAGAGAUUUAAACUACCUACUUUUGAUUUUAAAAUAGCAACUUCUAUUAAAAAUUCCAUAAAUAAAUGAAGUAUUAGUUAAAAUAAACUUUGGUAAUAAAAUGUUUGAUUUCUGUCAAUCUGUUGACAAGAUAUUCCACUUUUAAGUUUGGGUAAGGAGAAAGUAGUGGAGCAUCAUUUGUAUGGUGGCACGACACGCAUCAUUCCAAUAAUGCACCGCUACUCUCCAAACUUUACUACCACUACUUUUUCAAAUUUAAAAGUGGAAUAUCUUUUCAAUGAAUUGACGUAAAUCAGACAUUUUAGUACCAAAGUUUAUUUUAACUAAUACUAUUCAUGGUAUUUUUAAUAUGGGUUGCUAUUUGAAAAUCAAAAAAAGGUAGUUUAAGUAGUUGUCGUUUCAGCCCUAAAAGUUAGUGUAACAAAAAAUAAUAUAAAUGUUAAAUUUUAAAGCAGCUUGUUUCUUAAAUUUUCAAAAAAAAUUGAAAAGUAGAUACUUUUCAAGAUAUCGAGCAUACCCACUUAAAUGGAUCACCUUGUAUAAUAUUGUGUGCAUGUUCAAAAGAAGUAAUGCACAAUGUCAAUAUGUACAAUUUGCUUCAAAGCUCGAAAUUCGAGCAAUCAUGAGAUUAUGUUUACGGGCGUUCCAUAAUGUUUUUAGAUUUUAAUAACUGUUAGAUUUUUGAUUUUAUUUUAGUGGAAAUAAGAUAUAUUUAAAGAAAAAAAAUUAAUUUGUAUUUGUUUAUUUUUUGACAUUUUCAAAAUAGCUGAUUGUUAAUAGAUAUUAUUCUAAAAAUGUUAAUCUAUCAUACAUACAUACAUACAUACAUACCUAAUAAUUAGUUUCUUAGUAAUAAUAAAUUUAAUUCUAAAAAUUGUAUUAAAUAGACUACCUAGUUAUGCAUAAGGAAUCAUAAUAAUAAUACAGAUAAUAAAACUAGUAACUGAUAAUUAUUUGUACAAUAAGUUGUUUUUAUUUAUUCUAUAUAUGUUACAAUUUAUUUGUUUUGUUAGAAAUUAAAUUUCUAUUACUAAGAAACUAUUAAUUGGACAUAAAUGUAUAGCACAAUUAAAUUUUUAGAAUAAUAUCGUUUAAAACUACCAUUUUUAAAAUGUAAAAAAAUGAAAACUUAUUUAUUUUAGUGAUUAAGUUGAAAAUAAAAAUGUUAUUUUUUCUCUGUAUAAUAUAUUAAUAUACAAUAUGUAUUAUAUAUUAUAUACCAUGCGAUUCUACAUUUAUAUUGCAGUUAUUUUAUGUAAAUAUUAAAAAUAUAUAUUAUAAGUUUCUUUGUAACAGUCAGCGUGAAUUUUAAGAGUCAAGUUUUGGAAUUCAAAUGGGAACCUUCACUUAUCUAACCUGACCUUACCUUUACUAAUUUAAUGUGAAGAUAUUUCUUAUUAACAAACUUGAGUUAAUAACAUUAAUUUAUUUAAAACUAUGCAUAAGAAUGAUUUAAAGUUUUUAGAAAUUGUUUUUUGUGACACAUCAGUAAAUAGGUAAUAAUAUUACUAGAGCGCGGAUUUCUAUGCAAUUGCAUGUUUAUUCCGAUUGAUCUUAAGCACAAAAUGUGACAUGACAUAAUGAUUUAAAAAAUGAAACUUUUUUAGUGCACAUUUUUGCAUAUUUUGAUAUACUAUUGUAAUAUAAGAACAAAAUAUUAUAUUUUUAUAGUUUCGAUUAAUAUCAUAAAUUAAAAGACAUACUUGUAGGUAUAAACAAUUUUCCCUAAUAUGAUCUUAGAUCAAUAAUCAGUGAAUUAAAAUACAUAUAUCAAGAUAGGAAAAUAUCAAUUACAACUAUUGAAAAUUGACAUUAUUUCAGUCACGUUAAAAUAUUUACCGUUCGUGUGAGCUUUCUGUUGUAAUUUUAGUUUUUAUUACUUUAUUUUUAUCAAAAUGCCAAAAGAUAAAUCGUCGUUAUCGAGAGUUUUAUGCAUUAAAACUACCUAUAAAAUGAUGAAAAUGAAGAUAAAAAUGAAGAAAAGUAUUUACAGUAGAGUUCUAUAAUUUUAAAUUUAUUGUUUCAUUAAAUAUUUAAAAAAUAUAUUUUUUUUGUUAAUUGUUUUAUUCAUAUUUUUUAUUUCACAUUCAUUUUUUAACAUUUUAGUGCAUAGUUUGUUGAUUUUUAAUGUACAUAAAUCUGCACUCUACUCAUCACACAAUUUUCUACGAACCAGUUAUAGCUGUAUUAGUGUUAUCUUAAAAUUGCUAUUAAUUAUAGUUUUGAAUAAAUUAAUGCUAUUUAACCACUAGAAUUUAUAAACAAAAAAAAAGCUUCACAUAAAAUUAGCAAAAAAAUACAUAGGUUUCUAUUUGAUUUUCAAAAGUUUACCACCAAAAGUCUCCUUGAAAGAUUAUUAAAAAAAAAAAAUUACAAACAAUUUAAAUUUACCAAACAAUGUGUUACCUUUGUUCAGAAUCGUUUUUUGUUUGCAGUGGUUAAUUGUUACAUAUAGUAAACUAUAUUACUAUAUAUAUACUAAAUUACCUUACCCUGAAAAUCAACAUUUUCAAACAUUUAAUUUUAUUUAUUUAUCUAUCUAAAUAUUUAUGUUUUUUUUUAGCAAAAGAAACAAGGCCAUGGGGGUUGUGGUCGUUAUCAACCUACUAUAAGGCGUUCAGGUUUAGACUUAUCAGCUGAAUGGAAGCAUGUCAAUGAAGAUUCGCAAGAAAAAAAAAUAUCUUUGACUGCUGAACGUGUAUAUGAAAUUUUAAAACAUAUUACAGAUGAAGAAGUAGUAAUCAUGGGCAUGGAUCCUAAGUUUGCACGUCCUGAUUGGAUGGUAUUAACAGUACUACCUGUUCCUCCUUUACCUGUCCGUCCAGCUAUUGUAAUGUUCGGAUCAAUGAGAAAUCAAGUAACUUAAUAAUUGACAUAUUUUUAGUGUAUAACAAUUUUAUAUAAAUCAUGUAUUUUCUUUAUAGGAUGAUUUGACUCAUAAACUGGCAGAUAUAAUAAAAUGUAACAAUGAAUUAAUUCGCAAUGAACAAUCUGGUGCUGCUACUCAUAUUAUAGCUGAGAAUAUUAGAAUGUUACAAUUUCAUGUAGCUACAUUAGUAGAUAACGAUAUGCCUGGUCUGCCAAGGUAAAUUAAAAGUUUUAUUUUAUUUUUUUAUACAAUAUUAUUGUUGUUUAUUUAAAAUAAAAUAAUUCUAUUUAUAAAUCGUAACAUAAAACCUCCUUAGAAUUAAUGACAGAUGAUUGAUGUUAAACAAAACUAGCUUUGAGGACUUAGCAUCCUUUUAGACUUAUUGUAUUUCUUUAAAUUUGUAUUAUAUACAAUACAUUUUAAUUUAUUAUUUAUUCUUUUAUAAUCUAUCUUUAUUUUAUGUUUUUAUUAUUAUUAUUAUUUUUUUUUUUUUUACUAUUAUGGUAAAAUUGGUUUGAUUUUCCCUAAAAAGAUGUUUCAAUAUUUACAACAAAGUGUGAUUAUUACAAUGCUGGUCAGUAACAAUAAAUCACAAUUUCAUUACCUCCAAAACAUUGGUAAAAUACUAAGGAUGCUUCAAAAGUAAGCUAUAAUUUUACGCUUGGGUAUGGUGUAUAUUAACAUAUUGUAAUUUUUUGUCAGUUAAGUAAAUAAACUGUACAAUGUAUAUAAAUAAUUAAAUACUAACUAAUACAUAUUUGUAUUUAUAACAUAAUACUAUAAUAUAUAAAAUGACUGGUAUGUUAACACGCAUGGGGAUAUUUUGCAACAUUAAUACACACACAAAUUGUUAUUUAAACCAAAAAUUGGAAAGCUAAAUUAAGUAUUAUAUAUGAUCAUUGUUUUUAAUACAUAAAAAAAAAAUAUAGAAAAAAAUCAAUGGUCAAAAUUAUGUUUUAUUUCUGGCUAAAAUUUAUUUAGAAGUAGUACAAAUUAUAAUUAUCAAAAUGAUGGAGCAGAUAAAGACAGUAAAAAUUGCAGAGAAAAUUAAUGUUAAGAAAUAAAUAAUGAAGUAUACCUAAAAACGUGUCAUUUGAAAUUAGCUGUGAUUUGUAAAUUAAUCCAAGUGAAAGUUUAAACCAUUGAGCCUGACCCUAAAUAGUUGGGACUAAAUGCCCCAAAGAAGAGUUUAUCAUAGCUGAUUAUUAAAUUGAUGAAAUGGUUGUAGAGAAUAAUUUUUAUUAAUCCUUGUUUUUGUUUAAUCUAAUUUCUUUAUCUUUUAAUAUUAAGCCAACUUGUUUUCUUGUAUUUCUUAAUAUAUUAAUUUGAAAUAUAAAAUUAUGCUUUCAGAGCAAUGCAAAAAUCUGGUAAACCGCUGAAAGCCAUCAAAUCUCGGUUAAAAGGUAAGGAAGGUAGAAUUAGAGGAAAUUUGAUGGGAAAGCGUGUAGAUUUCUCUGCUCGAACUGUUAUUACACCCGAUCCAAAUUUGCGAAUCGACGAAGUAGGUGUACCUCGUACUAUUGCACAAAAUAUGACAUUUCCUGAAAUUGUUACACCAUUUAACAUUGAUCAGUUAGUAUAAUUCAUUGCUAAAUUAUAAUCGAAUGCAAAAUAGUGUUUUAUCAUUUAUUAUUAUUGUAUUAACUUGAUACCUAUUAGUAUGUUGGAAUUAGUUCGUCGUGGUAACUCUCAGUAUCCGGGGGCCAAAUACAUCAUACGUGAUAACGGUGAAAGAAUAGAUUUACGUUUUCAUCCAAAACCUUCAGAUUUACAUUUGCAAUGUGGUUAUAAAGUUGAAAGACAUAUAAAAGAUGGUGAUUUAGUUGUUUUCAACAGACAACCUACUUUACACAAAAUGAGUAUGAUGGGUCAUAGAGUUAGAGUUUUACCUUGGUCUACAUUUAGGAUGAAUUUAAGGUACUUAAUUAUUUUAUACUUUUUAUAUAAAUUGAUCUUACUUAAUAAUACUUCAUCUUUUUUAUAUCUCUAUGUAUUAGUUGUACUUCUCCUUAUAACGCUGAUUUUGAUGGUGACGAAAUGAAUCUUCAUGUUCCACAAUCUAUGGAAACAAGGGCGGAAGUAGAGAAUAUCCAUAUUACUCCUAGACAAAUUAUCACUCCUCAAGCGAAUAAACCUGUUAUGGGAAUUGUACAAGACACUUUGACAGCUAUCAGGAAAAUGACAAAAAGAGAUGUAUUUCUUGAAAAGGUAAUUACUAUUUAGUAAUAUAAGUAUUUAAUACUUAUGUAUUAUAUAUGUUGUAGGCAUAAAUACUACAUACUAUAUACUAAAUACCUAGGCAAAUUGUCAAAUAGUUUGAUUUUAAUACAAUAGUACAAAUAUAGUUUCAAAAAAAUAGUACCUUAGGACACAAAAUUAAAAAUAUUUCAUAUACUAACGAUAUUAAUAAUUUAUAUAUAAUUUUUAUAUAGAAAAGUAAUAAAUAAUUAAUAAGAAAAUAUAGUUUAAUUUUUAAAAUUAUGUGAAACAUUUCAUUUUUAUUAUUUACCUGGCUUGAAAUAGGCAUUUAUUUAAAUGUCUAGGGGGAUAGUAAAAUUAUACAAAAAUUAAACUAUUAGAAUACCUGCUUGCUUUGACUAUAUAUAACACAUAUAUGUAUAUAUAUAUAACAUAUUUUAAUAAUUUGGGAGUUAAAUAAAAUUCACUUAACAAUCAAUUAUAUAUUAGUGGAAAAAAAACUAUAUAUAUGCUACGGUUAAUAUUAAAAAUUGAAUAAUGUCGAAUUUUCAUCCAAUAAAACCGAUUUUGUGCUGUUAGUUUUUAUAUUAGAGUGAGUUGACCUAUUAUUUGACUUGAAAAUAAGAAUAAUUUCUGUGUUCGUUAGCUUUUUCCCUAUAUUAACAUUUUUAGUAAAAUAAGAGCAUGUGAAAUAUUACAAUUUAAAAACCUUUAUAUCUCGCUUAAAAAUUAUAAUAUUAGAAAAAAACUAACAUUAAACAAACCCAGAAUUUGUUUUUUUCUUGAAGUUUAAAAAUAGGCCCAUAUAUUAAACCUAACAGCACAAAAUUGGUUUUGCUGAAUGAAAAGAGGACAUUAUCCAAUUUUCAACAUUAACCUGUAACAUAAAUAUAUUUUAAUACAAUGUUAUUUCUUUGUAUUAUUUAGGAACAAAUGAUGAAUUUAUUAAUGCACUUACCAAUUUGGGAUGGAAAAAUGCCUACCCCAUGUAUUCUUAAACCAAAGCCACUGUGGACAGGCAAACAACUUUUUUCAUUAAUUAUUCCUGGAAAUGUAAACAUGAUUCGUACUCAUUCGACUCACCCUGAUGAUGAAGAUAAUGGACCUUUUAAAUGGAUAUCACCUGGUGAUACAAAGGUAAGAUUUUUGAAAUUAACAUUUUAUAUUUAUUAUAAAUUAUAUCUAUAUAUUUGUCAAUUUGAUAACACUCAACACAUUUUGAAGAACUUCUCAAUCUUAAUCUUCAUAUAACUAUCAGUAAUGAACAUUUUUCAGUAUUUAUUCAUUAUUUUUGUAUAACCUAAUUAGUUAAUUUGUUUCUAGGUAAUGGUAGAACAUGGUGAAUUAGUUAUGGGUAUAUUAUGUAAAAAGACGUUAGGUACUUCAGCUGGUUCAUUACUUCAUAUUUGUAUGUUGGAAUUGGGACAUGAAGUGUGUGGACGGUUCUAUGGUAAUAUUCAAACUGUGGUCAACAACUGGCUUUUAUAUGAAGGUAAUUUGUCUUGUGUUUUGUUUUUUUAUUCAAUUAAAUUGUUGAUUUUUUGCAGGUCAUUCUAUUGGUAUUGGAGAUACUAUUGCUGACCCUCAAACUUAUUUGGAAAUUCAAAAAGCUAUUAAAAAAGCCAAAGAAGAUGUAAUAGAAGUGAUACAAAAAGCACACAAUAUGGAUCUUGAACCAACACCAGGUAAUACACUUCGCCAGACAUUCGAAAAUCAAGUAAAUAGAAUUCUAAAUGACGCCCGUGACAAAACUGGAGGUUCUGCUAAAAAAUCAUUGACUGAAUAUAACAAUCUUAAAGCUAUGGUUGUGUCGGGAUCCAAGGGUUCUAAUAUUAAUAUUUCCCAGGUAUGUUUUAUUUUUUUAUUUUUGAUUUUCAUAAUUAAACAAAAUUUGAUUGCCUUUGUUAGGUUAUUGCUUGUGUGGGACAACAGAAUGUAGAAGGUAAACGUAUACCAUUUGGUUUCCGUAAACGUACAUUGCCACAUUUCAUUAAAGAUGACUAUGGUCCAGAAUCAAGAGGGUUUGUUGAAAAUUCAUAUCUUGCCGGAUUAACUCCUUCAGAAUUUUUCUUUCAUGCCAUGGGAGGCCGAGAAGGUCUUAUCGAUACUGCUGUCAAAACUGCUGAAACAGGUAAAUAUUAAUUAGUAAGAAAUACACGGUCUUUAAUAUUUAAAUUAUAAAAUAAAAUUAUAUUUUUUAAAAGGUUAUAUUCAAAGAAGAUUAAUUAAAGCUAUGGAAUCUGUUAUGGUCCACUAUGACGGAACUGUUCGUAAUUCUGUUGGUCAAUUGAUCCAAUUGCGUUAUGGAGAAGAUGGUCUUUGUGGCGAGACAGUAGAGUUCCAAACUAUUGCCACUAUAGAACCAUCACACAAGAAAUUUGAAGAUGAAUUUAAAUUUGAUGUUUCAAAUGAAAGACAUAUGAGAAAGAUAUUUACUGAAGAUGUAUUGAAAGACCUAAUGGGCAGUAACGAUACUAUAGCUGAGUUAGAUAAAGAAUGGGAACAAUUAAAUAAUGACAGAGAUACCCUCAGAGAGAUAUUUCCUUCUGGUGAAAGUAAAGUGGUAUUACCUUGUAAUUUAAAGCGUAUGAUUUGGAAUGUACAAAAAAUUUUUCACAUCAACAAACGAGGACCGACAGACUUAAAUCCAAUACAUGUUUUGCGUGGUAUGUUUUAUUUAAUUUUAAUUUUAAACUAAUUUUAAGUAUAUUUUUAUUUUGUUAUUACAGGAGUCAAAGAGUUGUUGGAAAAAUGUGUUAUUGUAGCCGGUGAAGAUCAGUUAAGCAAACAAGCCAAUCAGGACGCCACACUAUUAUUUCAAUGUUUAGUGCGUUCCACUCUAUGUACAAAGCUGGUUUCUGAAAGAUUUCGUCUAUCAACUGAAGCAUUUGAAUGGUUAGUCGGUGAAAUUGAAAAUAGAUUUAAACAAGCUCAGGUAAGUGUUUUUAUGUAACACAAAAUAUUAUCAUAUAGGUUAUCUAUUAUUUUAAAAUUUAAUUUUGUCAUAGGCACAACCUGGUGAAAUGGUUGGAGCAUUAGCUGCUCAAAGUUUGGGAGAACCUGCCACUCAAAUGACUUUAAAUACUUUCCAUUUUGCUGGUGUAUCUUCAAAGAAUGUAACUCUUGGAGUACCUAGAUUGAAGGUAAAUUGUAUAUAUUGUAUUUUAAGAAUAAUCAGUGAGCUAUAAGUUAUUUUUCAAUUUUAUUAUUAGGAAAUUAUUAACAUAAGUAAAAAACCCAAAGCUCCAUCAUUGACAGUAUUUUUGACUGGAGCGGCUGCUAGAGAUGCUGAAAAAGCCAAAAAUGUAUUAUGUCGCCUUGAGCAUACUACCUUAAGAAAAGUUACAGCCAAUACAGCUAUAUACUAUGACCCUGAUCCUCAAAAUACAGUUAUCAGAGAAGACCAAGAGUUUGUAAAUGUAUAUUAUGAAAUGCCUGACUUUGAUCCGACAAGGAUUUCACCAUGGUUGUUGCGUAUUGAACUGGAUAGAAAGAGAAUGACUGGUAAUUAUUUUAUAAUAAUUAUUAAAAUAUUUUAUGGUUUAAAAUAAUAAUACAAAACCGUAAAAAAUUAAUAUAUUAACCGUUUCAACAAGAGCUGUCAUUAAAAAUUAGAUUAAAGAGGUUACACUAUGUAUUUUAUCUUGCAUUAUUUUUCAGCCCAUUAUAUUAUUUUAAUAAUCCAUAUCUAAUAAUGUCAUUAUUAUUUUAAAUUUUAUAAUAUUUAUCAUAAUUAAUAAUUAAUUUUGUUACUGAAAUAAUGUUUUUAUUGUAUUUUAUCGUAGAUAAAAAAUUGACCAUGGAAGCAAUAUCUGAAAAGAUUAAUGCAGGAUUUGGUGAUGAUCUCAAUUGUAUAUUUAAUGACGACAAUGCUGACAAAUUAAUCUUACGUAUACGUAUAAUGAAUGGAGAAGAUGGGAAAAUGAAUGGAAAUGAUGAUGAUGACUCUGUUGAUAAAAUGGAAGAUGAUAUGUUCCUUAGAUGUAUUGAAGCAAAUAUGUUAUCUGACAUGACUUUACAAGUGUGUAAAAAAUAAUAUCAGUGUACUAUUUAUUUUAAUUAUAGCAUUUUUUUUAUUUCAAUUUUUAAAAAAUGUUUUUGUUUUGUAGGGUAUAGAUGCAAUAGCAAAAGUGUAUAUGCAUUUGCCUCAAACUGAUUCGAAAAAAAGAAUUAUUAUUACUGAUUCUGGAGAAUUUAAAGCGAUUGCUGAUUGGCUAUUAGAAACUGAUGGUACAAGUUUGAUGAAAGUGUUAAGUGAAAGAGAUGUUGAUCCUGUGAGAACAUUCUCUAAUGAUAUUUGUGAAAUAUUUUCGGUAUUAUUUAUAAUUGUUUUGUUAUAUCAUUAUUUUAUUCAAACAAUAGUAAUAUUAUGGAAAUUAUAUUUCAGGUCUUGGGCAUUGAAGCAGUACGUAAAUCAGUAGAAAAAGAAAUGAACACUGUACUGCAAUUUUAUGGUCUAUACGUAAACUAUCGUCAUUUGGCAUUAUUAUGUGAUGUGAUGACAGCUAAAGGUCAUUUAAUGGCAAUUACUCGGCAUGGUAUCAACAGACAAGAUACUGGAGCAUUAAUGAGGUAAAAUUAAUAAUGUGACAAAAUAUUUAAUUUUUAAACUCUAUAUUAAUAAUAGAGUGUGAAUUUGUUUUUAUUGCAUCUAUGUAUUACUACAAGAAUAAGAUGUGUUUAGUAUUCAUAAUUCUAAGAAACUAAAAAAAAAAAUUUAUUUUGUAUACAAGUAUAUAUCUUGAUAAUAGGAGAGUAUAUGCAUAUAAUAUAAAAGCACAUUUUUACAUAUUUUACCUAUUUAAAAUAUUUUGUUAAAUUUUAAAUUCGUGAACAUUAGUCACUAUGACAAGUGUAUUAUUUUAUAAUUAUCAAUAUAUUUCUUAUAAAUGACUAUUAUUAACAGAUAUUAUUGUAAUUCUUCUUUUUCUUAAUUUAUUUAAUUAAAUAACAAAUAUUGUAUUUUUGAGGUUUUUAUUAGGUUUUUUAGAACACAUUAAUCCCAGUUACUAUUUCAUGGUUUCAUGUUAAAUUUUACAACGGUUAACUCUGAAAAGGAUAGGGGUAGAAACAGUAAAACACAUUUUAAUUUUUUUUUUUAUUUGUUCGUAACUGACAUUAGUAAUGUUGUACAGGACAGCUAUUAUUAAAUAAAUUAGAAUAUGUAAAGCAUAGAUUUUAUGUAAAAACAUAUUUUUAUUAGAUGCAUGUACAACUACUGCCCACGAUCCAUAAUACCAAGAAUCUAAAAACAAAAAAAUUGUUGCAUAUUAUAUCUUUUGUUGUUUUGGAAAUAUUUUUUUUAAACACAUAUUUUAUUAACACUUUUAGAAAAUUUAACAAGUAUAUUUUCAAAUUUUUAAGACAAUUUUAUGUUAUAAUGUUAUAUUUCGGUCAAUUUAUGGGAAUAUAAAUCCGGACUAGUAAUAAAUAAUAUUAUAAUUUUAAAUUAUUACCACUUUAUUAGAUGUUCAUUUGAAGAAACUGUCGAUGUCUUAUUGGAUGCUGCUUCACAUGCUGAGGUUGAUCCGAUGAGAGGGGUAUCUGAAAACAUCAUAAUGGGACAAUUACCUAGAAUGGGAACAGGUUAAUUUAAUAAUGAAUAUUAUAAUUUGUCAAAAUAUAUUACUAUACUGUUAUCUUAUUAGGUUGUUUUGAUUUACUUUUGGAUGCCGAAAAAGCGAAAGAUGGAAUAGAAAUCCCAAUGGACAAUGGUUACAUUGGUAUGGGUGUUGGUGGUAUGUUUUUGGCUGCUGGCACACCUUCCAUGUCACCUGCUAUGACCCCAUGGGAUCAAACAUCGACACCAGUAUAUCCAAAUAGCUGGUCAUCAAGUAAGACACUGAUAAUAAUUAAUGCCAACCAUAGAUAGUUAUGUAAUUGAGUAGUUGUUAUUUUGUGUUAUUAAUCAUUCAUAAUAUUGUAUACUAUUUUUAGGUUUGGAAGCUGGCAUGACUCCUGGAGGACCUGGAUUUUCUCCAGCUUGUUCGAGUGAAGCUAGUGGAACCUCUCCUUUUUGGAUGACAAGUGGUGGAACUCCUGGUAGUCCUGGAUCACCGGGCAUAGCCACUAGUCCUUAUGUGCCCAGUCCAAGUUCGAUGUCGCCAAACUACAACUAUCCAUCCAGCCCACAGUUUGGUUCUAUGUCACCUUCUAUGACUCCCAACAAUUAUUCUCCAACAAGUCCACAGUACUCUGUUUCACAACCGAAUACUCCGAAAUAUUCUUCAAUGUCGCCAAACUACAACUAUUCACCAACCAGUCCAUCUUACUCGCCUACAAGUCCUUCAUAUUCUCAUACUUCAUAUUCACCAACAAGUCCUUCGUAUGAAUUUAUUAAAGUUUUUUUGAAAAUUAGUUAAUAUUUAAGUGUUUAACAAUUAUUUUUGUUUUUAGAUAUAGUCCAACAUCUCCAUCUUAUAGUCCUACGUCUCCUUCUUAUAGUCCAACAUCGCCAUCUUAUAGCCCAACAUCACCAUCAUACAGCCCGACAUCUCCCUCGUAAGUGUAUUUUAAAGUAAAGUUUAAUUUAUUCUAACUGUUAUUUUAUUGUUACUUUGUAGUUUUAGUUUUAUCAUUAUAUUCAUUAUGUUUUGUAACUUAUAAUGUAAAAUAAUGAAGUUGCAGUCAUAUUGAUGUACGGAUUAAUAAUAUAAUUGAUGGUGUUUAGAACCAUCUUAAGUAAAUUAUAUUAUAUAUCAAUAACUUUUAAAUUCCAGAUACAGCCCUACAAGUCCUUCAUAUAGCCCCACAUCACCAUCUUAUAGUCCAACAUCUCCAUCAUACAGUCCGACUUCUCCAUCGUAAGUACCUUCUAUAAUAUUAUUACUAUUUGUUCAGUAUUUUUAAACAAACUAUACAAAAUAGUGUACAAAUAUUAUUUCAUCAGAUGUAUAAUUACUUACACUUUUAAAUAAAAUAUAUUAAUAUUAUGUAUUAUAAACAUCAAAUUAAAUACUAUAAUUAUUCGCAUAGGUAUAGCCCUACUUCACCAUCAUAUAGUCCAACGUCACCAUCAUAUAGUCCCAGCUCUCCGCAAUAUACAGCAUCAUCACCAUCAUAUACACCUAGCGCUUCAUCAGGUGGCAGUAAUUUUAAAUAUUCACCCACAUCUCCCUCUGUAGCUGUCAGUCCAACAUACUCCCCAACCAGUCCAAUGUAUUCACCAUCAAGUGCUUCAUACUCUCCUUCUUCUGUACAACAAACACCAAAUUCUGGAAGUCAAUCUUAUAAUCAGUCUUACAGUCCCAGCUCACCAGUGUACUCACCUACAAACUUCUCAUUGUCAAGUCCUAGGUAAGACAGAAAAAACAAAAUAAUUUUCAUAUCGUGGCUUACUUUAAAAUCAUAUGAUUUUAGGUAUUCUCCAACUUCACCCACAUAUUCCCCCGGAGUCGGAAGUCCAAAUUACUCACCAUCUUCACCAAGUUAUUCACCGACAUCUCCAAACUAUACUGGACCUGAUGAACAUUAA